CGCGCUUGCUCGUCACCGGCGGCCGUUCGUUCAGAGCGAGUCCAGAGCGGACGGAGAGUGGACGUGCUUCUCCGGCUGAGAGGGAUCCGACUACGACCAGCAGCCCCACAAGCCGUGCCUGUAGCCGCGUUGCGUUUUUUCUUUAACACAAAACAACCAACUCUGAAUUCGCAUUAAAUAUGUCUAAUAUCGUUUGUUGUCAAACGCCUCAGGUUAUAAUGUAUGACCAACAGAGAAUAAGUACAGCUCUAUAGCCAACGGGAUCCCGAGGACUUGAUUACAGUCGCUUCAAGCCUGAUAGUUUGUCCUUGCGGCUGCUCCCCCUCUCCCUUCUUCUCACGCCCCUGUAGUCAACUGGCAUUUCUUCUGACAACUUCCUGUCCCUCUCCUUGGGUGAAGAAGUCUUAGUUCCACUGUGAUCUCAGUCUGCUUUGCCUAUUGCCCACAUUUGGUUCCUGUUCUACUCUCAGCAGUGGUGCCUCCCCGGAUUUGCAUUAUUCUCUAUUAGGAACACCAUUAAAAUUCACCAAGAUGAUUCCAAACGGUUAUUUGAUCUUUGAGGAUGAAAGUUUCCUGGAUUCUACCGUGGCCAAAAUGAACGCUCUGAGAAAGAGUGGUCAGUUCUGCGAUGUUAGACUGCAGGUGUGUGGUCAUGAGCUGAUGGCUCACCGUGCGGUUCUGGCUUGCUGUAGUCCCUACCUGUUUGAGAUCUUUAACAGUGACCUUGAGCCUCAUGGAGUCUCACAUGUCACCUUUGAAGACUUGGACCCAGAGGCUGUGGAGAUCUUGCUUAACUAUGCCUACACUGCCCAGCUGAAGGCAGACAAGGAGCUGGUCAAGGAAGUUUACUCUGCAGCCAAAAGGUUCAAGAUGGAGCGAGUCAAACAGAUUUGUGGGGACUACCUGCUGUCUAAAAUGGAUUCCCAGAACGCCAUCUCCUUUCGAAACUUCGCCAGCUCCAUGGGAGAUGGCAGAGUUUUGGCCAAAGUAGACGCCUUCAUCCAAGACCAUCUACUGGAAGUGUCUGAACAGGAAGACUUCCUUAAACUUCCCCGCCUCAAGUUAGAAGUAAUGCUAGAAGACAACCUGACCCUGCCCAGCAAUGGCAAGCUCUACUCUAAGGUGCUCAACUGGGUGCAGCGUAGCCUUUGGGAGAAUGGUGACCAACUGGGACGUUUGAUGGAGGAGGUGCAAACGCUGUACUACUCACCUGACCAUAAGCUGGUGGAUGGAGGGCUGGUGAUUGAGGGGCACAGUGAGGUGUUUGGUGGCGAGGAGGACCACCUUCAGUUUGUGCAGAAGAAACCGGUUCGGGAGAGCACCCAGAGACAGAUGAGCUGCAGCUCUUCUGGAAGCCUGUCGCCCUCCAACCAAGCAGCAAAUGCCCCAAAGCAGACCGCCAGGAGAGAGUGGAAGUACAUUGCCUCUGAGAAGACCACAAACAACACCUACUUGUGUCUGGCUGUGCUGGACAGUGUGCUGUGUGUGAUCUUCCUGCACGGUCGCAGCAGCCCUCAGACAUCUCCCUCUGCCACACCCUGCCUGAUGAAGAGCCUCAGCUUCGAGGCCCAGCCCGAAGAGCUCGAAGAGCACCCGCUCUCACCCAUGCAUUACGCUCGCUCUGGCCUGGGCACCGCAGGCCUGAACGGCAGACUCAUCGCAGCAGGAGGCUACAACAGAGAGGAAUGUCUGAGGACUGUGGAGUGUUAUGACCCCAAAGAAGACCGCUGGACCUUCAUCGCACCCAUGCGGACUCCAAGGGCUCGAUUCCAGAUGGCCGUGCUCAUGGGUCAGCUGUAUGUGAUUGGAGGUUCAAACGGACAUUCUGACGAGCUGAGUUGCGGGGAGACGUACGACCCACAUGCUGAUGAGUGGGCUCAAGUGCCAGAGCUGAGGACAAACCGCUGCAAUGCAGGUGUCUGCUCCUUGAACAACAAACUUUACGUUGUGGGAGGGUCGGACCCCUGCGGGCAGAAGGGCCUGAAGAACUGUGAUGCUUUUGACCCUGUGACCAAAACCUGGUCCAACUGUGCCUCCCUUAACAUCAGGCGGCACCAGGCAGCAGUGUGUGAGUUGGAUGGCUUCAUGUACGUGAUAGGAGGGGCAGAAUCGUGGAACUGCCUGAACACUGUGGAACGCUACAACCCUGAGAACAACACCUGGACUCUGAUCGCCCCCAUGAAUGUGGCUCGCAGGGGGGCCGGCGUUGCUGUCCAUGCAGGCAAACUGUUUGUUGUCGGCGGCUUCGACGGCUCCCACGCUCUCCGCUGCGUGGAGGUGUACGAUCCCGCCCGCAACGAGUGGAGGAUGCUGGGAAGCAUGACAUCAUCACGCAGCAACGCGGGCGUGGCCAUGCUGGGAGAAACCAUCUACGCCGUGGGAGGCUUUGACGGAAACGAGUUCCUGAACACCAUGGAGGUUUACAACCCCGAGACGGACGAGUGGAACGACUGCACCAAGGCCCUGUCUCCCCUCUCUGACUGAAGAAGGGGGAGGCAGGGGGGAGGGCAGGGAAUGGGGUUGGGGAGUCUCACAGUGCUUCACCUUUUUCCAAACUAACAGGCUUAGUGACGUAAUCGUGUUUCGUGAUGUUCUGUGUGUGUGUGAGCGGAUAUGUGUG